AUGGUGAGUGACUUUGUGCAUCAAUACGGGAAAGCCUUAGAUGCACGCUAUUUUAAGGAGAGAGAGAAGGAUGUGAGAACGAAGUCAACUAGAGCAGUUUUCAAAACAUGUUGGACAAUUGAAGAAGAGGUGGCAAAAGUGUAUACUAGGAAGUCUUUCGAAAUAUUUCAAGAUGAGUUAUUUAAUAGCCAACGAUACAAAGCUACCAAAGUUCAGAAAGAGGGUGAAAGUAAGAUGCAUAUCCUAUGUGUCAUUGCAAAAAAAUCAAAAUUAGAUGUGUUCCCUUCUCACUAUGUGGUAGAGAGAUGGACAAUCAAUGCUAAGAGUCGAGCAAUACUUGAAAUACCAGUUUUUGAGGGGCAUGUAAUGACACAAGAAGAUCCGGUAAUGCGAAAAAAUAAGUUGAUGAUGCAGUUUUAUGAUAUUGUAGAACUUGGCUCACAAUCAAGUUUUAGAAUGAACCACCUUUCUCUUGCCUUAGAGAAGGUACACAAGGAGUUGCUUUUGAUGGAAGAUGUUGGAGAAAUAAAUUUAGAAGCCGGAGAAAUGUCAUGUAAUGAUUCUCCUAUGUUAAGAUCACAAGUAAUCUCAAAUUUCUCACAAACUAUGCAAGAUCCUCAACGAGUGCCAACGAAAGGAAGACCGAAAUCUUUGAGAGCAAAGAACCCAAAAGAAACUCAAGCAGUGAAGAAAAGGCGUUGUAGCAUUUGCAAGAUUGAGGGCCAUACAAAGAACGGUUGCCCUUCGUUGGGGAAUCUUGGAAACAUAAAUGAAGAACUUGGCUCACAAAGGGUGGAUCUUGAAGAACAUGACUUAAAGAUCACAAGUGAUGGUGCUGUUGAAUUUUUGGGCUCAAUGAGAAUGGAUCUAUUUAUUUGA